AUGGCUAGCUUGAGAACUUGGCUCUGCCUUGUCCUGCUCUUCCUUCCAAUUUUUUGCUCCGAAACUCGAUCUCCUGACCCGUUUUCGAGAUCACCGAACGAGGUUAAUCCGUUUGAGCUUCACCGCGGAGGGUCCGAACCUGGACCAGUCCCGUUGGGAAGAAAGAGAAUUAAACGGGGAUUGAUCGAAAGCGCGGAAGAAAUGUUCAAGUCGAGAAGCUGGCCAGAAGAUGUUAGCGAGAAUCAGUACGGGUUGACCCGGCUCAGCCCCGGAGGACCCGACCCGAAGCAUCACUAG